CUGACUAUUGUGUUAAACCCAAAGUGCAGGGUAUUGAACAGUUAGUUAAUAUGGGGCUGCUAAGUUCUAAAGAAAAGAAAAUCAAACAUGCACGUAUUUUGAUGAUGGGCCUCGAUGCGGCAGGUAAAUCCACCUUUCUCUACAUGCUGAAAUUUAAAGAAUCUGUUGCUACAGUUCCGACAAUUGGAUUUAACGUGGAAAUGAUUGAAACGGACGAGAAGUUUACUCUGACAUUGUGGGAUGUUGGAGGGCAGCAGGAAAUGAGGACAUAUUGGAAACAUUACUAUGAGAACACCGAGGGAUUGGUGUUUGUGGUGGACAGCGCCGAUACAGCGCGACUAGAGGAAUCCAAGAAGGAACUUAAUCAUAUCCUUAAAAAUGAUCACCUGAAGAAAGUUCCAGUCGUCCUGUUGGCCAACAAGCAGGAUCUUCCAGGUGCCUUGAGCGCUACAGAAAUCACAAAGAAGUUCCAUCUAAAGAAGCUGUUUUGUGACCGAGACUGGUAUGUGCAGCCCUGUUGUGCUAAAACUGGAGUUGGUCUCGAAGAAGGGUUAAGAAGAUUAGCGUUGUUUGUCAAGUCAUGCAUGCAGUCAAAAAAAGAAUCUGUAAUUGCUUUGUAAGAGACAGUAAAUCUACAGACACGUACAGUAUGGAGAUGUACAAAUAAAAAACUCCAGUAACUGAUUGGAAUCUUGAACUGAAACAAGACUGUGUAGGGAACUUAAAUCAAUAAAGCUUAUGAUGUCUUAAUACAUCCCAAAUCUGAGAGUGGAAAUGUAGAGUGAAGUAUGGCCUACAGAUCUGUCAGAAGAAGAAAAUAAUCUCUAGAACAAAAAAGUACAAAACACUGAUCAUAGUGCUACCUCGUUGUUUUACUGUGAUGCUUGUAACGGAAUAUAUUUUACAGUUAAAUAUUAUAGGAAUUGCCAUAUUUAUAAUUAUAUUCAAUAUUGGGUGUGCUAUUUGUAUAAGUGGCACAGUUUAAAAAAAAAAAAGAAAGUAUAGCCUAUUCACAAAAAUGUACUUGCAAUGAACUGUUUUUUUCCCCUGCAAUGUUGCUCUAUUUUAUUUAUUAAAAACAAAAACUUGUUAUGCUCUUGUUUUAGCUCUCAAUAACAAUGAAUAUUAAAAAUAGAUUACUGUAUUAUUUUUUAAUAACUUUUUUAAAUUGAAUUCUCUGUUGUUAAAAAUGUGUAUACUGACACCAUAUGAAGCAGGACAUAGGAAAAUAGUGUAAU